AUCACAAUGGCAAGUCCAACUUUGAAAUUAUCAGUAUAAACCAUUCUAAUCAUCGACGGUUCUCACAUUAACCGGAAACAAAACAUGAAUCAAGUGAUGGUGGUUCCGUUUCCGGGCAGAGGCCAUAUAAAUCCUAUGUUGAACCUCUGCAAUAUACUCUCUUCUCACAGUUGCACCACCCUAUUCACCGUCGUUGUCACCGAGGAGUGGCUCGGGUUUCUCAAUCCUGAUCCGGAGCAAGAUAACAUCCGGUUCGCCACCAUUCCUAACGUCCUACCGUCCGAACUCAACCGUGGAUCCGAUGUGGUAGGGUUCCUCACUGCUGCAAAUACCAAAAUGGAAGGUCCGUUUGUUGAGGUGCUUGAUCAGACUGAGUUUCCGGUGACACUCAUCAUAGCUGAUGGAACUAUGGGCUGGCCGUUUGACGUCGCUAAUAGGAGGGAUAUUCCGGUAGCGAUGUAUUGGCCGAUGAGUGCCUCCAUGUUAUCCGUUGUGCAUCAUGUUGAUCUCCUGGAAUCGAAUCAUCACCUUUUUGUCGACGUUUCAGAAAGAGGAAAUGAGAUCAUAGAUUAUAUUCCUGGAUUGUCUUCAUUAACAGUAGCAGAUAUUCCAACGGUCUAUCAUAGUGGCGGUGAGCGGUUAAAGGGCAUUAUACCCAACUUAUCUAAUAUAAAAGCAAAUUACAUCCUUAUAUCAACUAUAUACGAGUUAGAACAUGAAGCCCUUGAUGCUCUUCGAGCCACGUUGCAAAUGCCCGUUUACACAUCUGGCCCGAACAUACCAUACUCCCAAAGCGAACCCAAUCCCUCAUCAGACCAACCCAUUUACUUAAACUGGUUAAACUCCAAACCACCAAGGUCUGUCUUGUAUGUUUCUUUCGGUAGCUUCCUUUCGGUUACAGGCGCUGAAAUGGCUGAAAUCGCAUACGGGUUAACCCAAAGUGGUGUUAACUUUUUGUGGGUGGCUAGAGGGGAAACCUCACAUUUGAAAGAAAUUUGUGGGGAGAAUGGGAUGGUGGUGGAAUGGUGUUACCAACUUAGAGUUUUGUUACAUUCUUCUAUAGGGGGGUUUUGGACUCAUUGUGGGUGGAAUUCGGUGAAGGAGAGCUUGUUUUCAGGUCUACCGAUGUUGGCUUUUCCUAUAUCACUAGACCAAACACUUAACAGUAAAAUGAUCGUCAAAGAUUGGAAGAUCGGAUGGAACGUGAGGGAAAAAAUGGGAGCUUUAAAGAGAGACGAGAUUGCGAAGACUGUAAGAGAUUUUAUGGAUUCGAAGAGUGUUGUGAGGAUUGAGAUGAUGGAAUGGGCCAAGGGAUUUUCAAGAAUUUGUCAAGAAAGUGUUGGUGAAGCUGGAUCUGUUAAUAAAGAUUUUGAUGCUUUUGUUAAAGAUAUUGCAAUGAAGUAAAACAAGUGAAUUGGGUUUAGAAAAAUGUUGUGACAAAGUUUAUUUAUUGUGAUAGAAAAAUGUUGUCAUUUAA